AUGGCGAAAGUGUUCGAUGCAGCUGAAGUCGCAAAACACAACACCCGAGAGAGCUGCUGGGUUGUUUUGUAUGGCAAAGUAUACGAUGUGACCGAUUUCCUUUCUAGUCACCCCGGCGGAGCGAAGAUCAUAUUGAAGCUCGCGGGGAAGGAUGCCACAGAGGAAUAUGAUCCAAUUCACCCCCCGGGGAUAUUGGAGGAUGAACUAAAGCCUGAGCAAUGCAUUGGAACUGUGGAUGCAGCUACUUUCCCCAAAGAAGAGCCGCCGCUACAAGACAACAAGCCUGCUCAAGGCCCACCGCCCAUGGAUAAUCUUUUAAACUUGGAUGAGAUUGAAGAGGUUGCAACCAGACAAGUAAGCAAAAAAGCAUGGGCGUACUACUGGUCGGCCUCCGACGACAAGUUCUCCAAGCAAUUUAAUAAUGAAGCAUAUCGCUCAAUUCUUCUGCGGCCGCGGGUUUUCAGGGACUGUGAGCGAUGUGAUUUGUCUAGCACUGUUUUGGGGCAUAAAUUGGGAAUGCCUAUCUAUGUCUCCCCUGCUGCUAUGGCUCGUCUCGGCCACCCUGAUGGAGAGGCGGGCAUCGCAGAGGCAUGUCGUGGCUUUGGAGCUAUGCAAAUCAUCUCCAACAAUGCAUCCAUGACUCCAGAGCAGAUUGUGAAGGAUGCCUCUUCUGAGCAAGUCUUUGGCUGGCAACUAUAUGCUCAGAUUGACCGAAAGAAAAGUGAAGCAAUGCUGGCACGCAUCAAUAAACUCAAGGCUAUCAAAUUUAUUGUGCUUACGCUGGAUGCUCCGGUCCCUGGAAAGCGUGAAGAUGACGAGAGGAACAGUAUGGAGGGGGCAGCGGCUCCCGUGCCAAGCGGCAUCAAGGAGGCUGAGAAGUCAGAUACCCCGGAUGUUUCACAGGCAUCCGGUGGAGUGGGCAAGUCCCUCUUUGCCGGCACAGAUCCGACUUUGACUUGGCGGGAGACUUUGCCUUGGUUGGUCAAGCAUACCGAUCUACCCAUCGUCCUGAAAGGCCUGCAGACACACGAGGAUGCUUAUUUAGCAUCGCUGCAUACUCCACAGGUUAAGGGAAUCAUUCUUUCCAACCAUGGCGGCCGAGCUUUGGACUCGGCACCUCCAGCGGUUCAUACAUUGCUGGAGAUUCGGAAAUACUGCCCAGAAGUAUUCGACAAGCUAGAGGUCUAUGUGGAUGGCGGUAUUCGUCGAGGUACUGACAUUGUCAAGGCUCUCUGUCUGGGCGCUAAGGCUGUUGGUAUUGGACGUGCUGCUCUUUGGGGACUUGGAGCAGGCGGCGUGGACGGAGUGCGUCGGACAUUGCAAAUUCUGUCCGAUGAAAGCAAAACUUGCAUGCGACUGCUUGGUGUUGAAACAGUGGAUGGACUUGGUCCUGAAUAUAUCAACACUCGCAUGACCGAACAGCAGAUCUUCGACGGGCCUUCAAGGCUUGAUUCUUUACGACGUGAUUUCCGUGCCAAGCUUUAG